AUGCCACUGAGAGUACGAUUGGAUCAAGGAACCGAAAAUAUCGCGGUUGCUCGUUACAUCCUCGAUUACCAUGGGGCACAAGGGAACCAUGUGAUAACAGGGUCUUCUGUACACAAUCAACGAAUCGAGCGUUUGUGGCGUGAUGUAAAUGACAACGUAACACGUGUUUAUAGAAACUUAUUUUACUAUAUGGAGGAAAAUGGGAUACUUGAUUCACUCUCCGAGACUCAUUUCUACGCGUUACACUAUGUUUACCAGCCUCGUAUAAAUAGGAGCUUACAAGAAUUCCUCCUGGAAUGGAACAACCAUGGUAUCCGUAGUCAGCAACGCAAAUCGCCUGUACAAUUGUGGAUCGAAGGAUAUUUUCUAAACGUGAGGUCUUCGAGUACAACUGUACAAAAUGCCUUACUGGGACUACCGGAUAAUCCUGACGAAUACGGUAUUGAUGAUGAAGCCCCGGUUGGGGCGCUUCAAACAGAAAAUCACGUCGUAGUACCAAGAUGUUCUAUAACAUUACCUCCAGAAGCAACUGAGGUUCUGCAAAGGUUAGUUAACCCACUUGCCGACGACGGCAAUCAUGGAAUAAACUUGUAUCAGGCUGCGUUAUCUAUUGUAUCUUCUGUCGUUCAAUAA